AUGAGUCUGAUGACGAUCUUCUACCCACGCCAGCGACCGGCUGAAGCAGUCGCCGAACUAAUAGGUCGCGAACUGAAGAGCCCCAAGAAUACGAGCCCACUCCUCGCGCAUCAUCAACGCAGGCAGUCUCGACCCGGUAGCGAACUCCCGAUCUUGAAUGAGGUCGAGAGGGAGGAGUGGGACCGGAAGGAGGGUCAGCUACGAGACCAGAACGCCGAGUUGAGGAUUCAGUACCAAGAGCUGGAAAGGAGCCACAACCCCCAUCUUCAGUACGUGUCCGUGCUCGAAGGCGACUUUCAAGAAAUGGAGCAGGAACUCGGCGAGUGUCAGGAUGGUCUUCUCAAACUCCAAACUGAGCGCGAUGACACGCUGCAGGCAUACGAGGAGAAGGAGCAAGAGUAUGCCCACAAGACCCGACAUAGCACAGCUCCGCCACAGUCGGCAAUGCUACGCCCCAUCUACGCCGCUCUCGAGCCGAUAACAUCAUCAUCUCCGCGACCACAACAAUACCACUCUUGA